AGGCGGUGCGGAGCGGAGCGGAGCGGGGCGGCUGCCGCGGCGGAGCGCGCGCCCUCCCGCAAGAUGUCAUCGCAGGGCAAGUUCAAGAAGGACAAAGAGAUCAUCGCCGACUACGAGGCGCAAGUCAAAGAGAUCCGCACUCAGCUGGUGGAGCAGUUCAAAUGUCUGGAGCAGCAGUCGGAGUCGCGCCUGCAGCUGCUGCAGGACCUGCAGGAGUUCUUCCGCAGGAAGGCUGAGAUCGAGCUGGAGUACUCCAGGAGCUUGGAGAAACUGGCUGAACGCUUCUCCUCCAAGAUACGCAGCUCCAGGGAGCACCAGUUCAAGAAAGAUCAGCACCUGCUUUCCCCUGUGAACUGCUGGUACCUGGUUCUGACCCAGACCCGGCGGGAGAGCAGGGAUCACGCCACCCUGAACGACAUCUUCAUGAACAAUGUCAUCGUCCGGCUCUCACAGAUCAGUGAGGAUGUCAUCAGGCUCUUUAAAAAGAGUAAGGAGAUUGGCCUACAGAUGCAUGAAGAGCUCCUGAAGGUCACCAACGAGCUUUACACGGUGAUGAAGACCUACCACAUGUAUCAUGCAGAAAGCAUCAGUGCUGAGAGCAAGCUGAAGGAGGCAGAGAAGCAGGAGGAGAAGCAGUUCAACAAGUCAGGAGACAUCAGUGUGAACCUGCUGCGGCACGAGGACAGGCCUCAGCGGCGGAGCUCUGUCAAGAAGAUUGAGAAGAUGAAGGAGAAGAGACAAGCCAAAUAUUCUGAAAACAAGCUGAAGUGUACUAAAGCCAGGAACGACUACCUGCUGAACCUGGCAGCCACCAACGCAGCUGUCAGUAAAUACUACAUCCACGAUGUGUCUGACCUCAUUGAUUGCUGCGAUCUGGGGUUCCACGCCAGCCUGGCCCGGACCUUCAGGACAUACCUGUCUGCUGAGUACAACCUGGAGACGUCCCGCCACGAGGGCCUGGACAUCAUUGAGAAUGCUGUGGACAACCUGGAUGCACGGAGCGACAAGCACACCAUCAUGGACAUGUGCAACCAGGUCUUCUGCCCGCCGCUGAAGUUCGAGUUCCAGCCUCACAUGGGGGACGAGGUGUGUCAGGUCAGUGCCCAGCAGCCUGUGCAGACCGAGUUGCUGAUGCGAUACCACCAGCUGCAGUCACGACUGGCCACCCUCAAGAUAGAGAAUGAAGAGGUACGAAAAACUCUGGAUGCCACAAUGCAGACGCUGCAGGACAUGCUGACAGUGGAAGAUUUUGAUGUGUCAGACGCCUUCCAGCACAGUCGCUCCACUGAGUCGGUCAAAUCGGCUGCAUCAGAGACCUACAUGAGUAAAAUAAACAUUGCCAAGAGGAGAGCCAACCAGCAGGAAACAGAAAUGUUCUAUUUUACAAAAUUUAAAGAGUAUUUGAAUGGCAGUAACCUUAUCACGAAGCUCCAGGCCAAACACGACUUGCUGAAGCAGACUCUUGGAGAAGGUGAAAGAGCUGAAUGUGGAACAACCAGGCCCCCAUGUCUUCCCCCUAAGCCACAGAAAAUGAGGAGACCUAGGCCUCUCUCAGUCUAUAAUCAUAAACUCUUUAACGGCAAUAUGGAAACGUUCAUUAAGGAUUCAGGACAGGCUAUUCCGCUUGUAGUGGAAAGCUGCAUCCGUUACAUCAAUUUGUAUGGCCUGCAGCAGCAGGGCAUUUUCAGAGUCCCUGGCUCCCAGGUGGAAGUCAACGACAUCAAGAAUUCGUUUGAGAGAGGUGAAGAUCCCCUCGCGGAUGAUCAGAACGAGCGUGACAUCAAUUCAGUGGCUGGAGUCUUGAAGCUGUACUUCCGAGGACUGGAAAACCCCCUCUUUCCUAAGGAAAGGUUUCAAGAUUUGAUAUCUACUAUAAAGAUUGAGAACUCCACCGAGAGAGUGCACCAGAUCCAGCAAAUCAUCGUCACUCUGCCCCGGGCCGUCAUCGUUGUCAUGAGAUACCUUUUUGCUUUCCUCAAUCACUUGUCACAGUACAGCGAUGAGAACAUGAUGGAUCCCUACAACCUGGCCAUCUGCUUUGGGCCCACUCUGAUGCACAUUCCAGACGGGCAGGAUCCGGUGUCCUGCCAGGCCCAUGUCAAUGAGGUCAUCAAAACCAUCAUCACAAACCAUGAGGGCAUCUUCCCCAGCCACAGGGAGCUGGAAGGACCUGUCUACGAGAAGUGCAUGACUGGAGGGGAGGAGUACUGCGACAGCCCGCACAGCGAGCCGGGCACCAUCGACGAGGUGGAUCAUGACAACGGCACGGAGCCGCACACCAGCGAUGACGAAGUGGAGCAGAUUGAAGCCAUAGCAAAGUUUGACUACAUUGGCCGGUCUCCACGAGAGCUGUCCUUCAAGAAAGGGGCUUCGCUGCUCCUGUACCAUCGGGCGUCAGAGGACUGGUGGGAAGGGAGGCACAACGGUGUGGAUGGCCUCAUACCCCACCAGUACAUCGUGGUGCAAGACAUGGACGACGCCUUCUCCGACAGCCUGAGCCAGAAGGCGGACAGCGAGGCGAGCAGCGGGCCGCUGCUGGACGACAAGGCCUCCUCCAAGAACGACAUCCAGUCUCCCACCGACCACAUCAUGGACUACGGCUUCGGGGGCGUGAUGGGCCGAGUGAGACUGAGGUCUGACGGCGCAGCUAUCCCUCGCCGUCGCAGCGGGGGGGACACCCACAGCCCGCCCCGAGGCAUGGGGCCUGCCAUAGACACUCCUCCUCGAGCAGCGGCCUGCCCUAGCAGCCCCCACAAAAUCCCCCUUAACAGGGGCAGGAUCGAGAGUCCUGAAAAGCGCAGAAUGGCGACAUUCGGCAGCGCGGGCAGCAUCAAUUUCCCAGACAGGAAGGCCUUGUCUGAUGGGCAUCCGCUGAGACCCACCUGUGGAUCCACCAGGCACAGUAGUCUCGGAGAUCAGAAAUCUCUAGAAACAGAAGCACUUGCUGAGGACAUCGAGAAGACCAUGAGCACGGCGCUGAACGAGCUGCGGGAGCUGGAGCGGCAGAACACGGCCAAGCAGGCCCCCGACGUGGUCCUGGACACGCUGGAACCCAUGAAGAACCCCGUGAUGGGCGCCGCCAACUCGGAGCCCGCCAGCCCGCUGCACACCAUCCUGAUCCGGGACCCCGACGCCGCCAUGCGCCGCAGCAGCAGCUCCACCACCGAGAUGCUGACCACCUUCAAGCCGGCGCUGUCGGCGCGGCUGGCCGGCGCGCAGCUGCGGCCCCCGCCCGUGCGGCCGGCGCGGCCCGUGGUGCAGCACCGCUCCAGCAGCAGCAGCAGCUCGGGGCUGGGCAGCCCCGCCGUCACCCCCACCGAGAAGCUCUUCCCCAGCAGCUCGGCCGAUAAGUCGGGCACCAUGUAGGCGCGGCGGGCGCGGGGAGCGGCGGCCGAGCCCCGGCGCGGACUGCACGUGGGGGUGUGUGUCCGCGCACGGCCCCGCGCCGAGGCGCUUCCCAGCGUCGGCGGGAGGGCCGGGGGCUGUGCGGGCGCUGGGGACACACACGCUCUGUCCCUGUGCUCAGAGCAGUGUACAGAAUUCGGGGACUGUUUUUAAGAAGUAGAUUUACCUCAGCAACUGGCUCGGAAAUGUCCUGUCGAGAGACGCUGGGCUGCUUUGGGUUUUCUUUCCAGGCUAUCUGUGUGUGUGUGUGUGUGGAGGUACGUAGCAGCUGUGCGUCGAGAAUACGAGGCCAACCCUGGGACUGAUUUCCUGUAUCUCUUGGCAUCCAAAGGAGGUGGGGGGAAGGUACGGUGGGGUUUUCUCGGUGCUGGCCCACGGAGAAGAGCUGGGAAUCGCCUGCUGGGGGGCGGCAGGGGGCUGCCCAGGCUGAACGCCAGAGGCCUUGGCGUGCGGCAGGAGGGGACGGAGGCACGCUGCAGGGACGGGACGCGGGCUGCCCUGCCACGCCACGGGGCCCACGGAACUCUGGUCUCCUGUAAGGUUGCAGAAGGAACAAGGACUAACCUGUGGUAAAGCAUAAACAGAGCACCUCUCAGUUUUAAUCGCUUCAUUCCCCUUUCCCCACACACUACUUUUUCUUCUCCUUUUUUCAGUAAAAAGCCCCAGUGGUGUCUCAGCAGAUGGGGUGGAAUGGACGAGGAGGCUUUGGUACAACCACCUUCCUUUAGCUGAAGUUGCACAGCAGCACAUGAGGGUCUUGACUCAGAUUGCAUUGUCUUGCAUGAAAAGCAUGAGCCAUAUUUGACCGUAUCAGAUGCAGAACCCAUCUGAUGGGGUGAUACUUUGCACUUUCUGUACUGUACUAUAGAAUACGAGUUUGAGUUUAUGCAAAUAACCUACAUUUCGUUUUUCCUCCUGAACAUUUAACACAGAAGAAGACAUAUGCAGAAAGAGCUGGGGUUUGCAUGGUCCUUUAUCCGAUAACCGAGUCCCUCUGAAAGUGCUGAACUCAAGACACUCUGUGCUUCUCCUGCAGUUUGUUUUGUGUGCAGAUUUCCCCGCAGUGACCUGUGGUUUAGUUUGGUUCCUCCCGCACGGUCACAUACCGCCCCAGCACGGGGCAGCUGCCUCGUGGGGCUCAGCUGCGUGGCAGGGCCGUGCCGGCGGCUCCUCGCUGCUCAUCCUCCUUCCUCGCCACCUCUGACUGCUGCUCUGCUCUCCCGUCCAUCCCUGGGCCAAGACGUUCUGUGCCCUGCUUCCUCAUCCCGUGCUCACCUGCCCCUGCCUGAGGCUUGGCUUUGUUCCCUCCUUCGUUCUCUCCACAGCACUGCUGGAGACCCCAGCCGGGGUGGCUGCGCCCGUUGCCGGUGCUGAGCCCGUUGCCGGUGCUGUGCCGGUGUCCGUCCCACACUGCUCCUGCCCCUGCAGCCCAUGUAUAUAGCGCUGUACUCGCUUCAACGCUGCAAAGUAGCUGUGAACAUGUAAACUGUACAGAACAUAGGCUAAGUUAGGUGAAAGCCGAUGCCACUCACCAAAUCUCUGCACUUAGUAGGUAGCUCAGUGUAAAAAUAAAACCCAGUAAUGCUGAUAAUAAUUAAAGCAGAAAUACAACGGCAAAGCCGCCGGAGUGUGGGUCCCGUGCAGGGGCAGCAGCCCUGUCCGGGGGCUCUGUCCUCAUUGUGGAUCCUGUGCUGGGGGCAGCAGCCCUGUCCGGGGGGCUCUGUCCUCGUUCCGUGUGGCACUGCGAGGGGAAGCGGGCUCCGUGUGCUGUCUGUUACGUUGCUGACGUUUGUAAUUACCACAGUGCUUCACGCUGGUGUUGGUUUUCUCAGCUUUCACCCCUUCCCUGAGCAGGCUCCCUGUGAGGCCAGGGCGGCUCUGGGCGCGGGCAGCGGGCGUGCAGCAGCCCCUCAGUCCGGUCCUGCCCCGCCGGGUGCGUUCUGGGGAGCAGAGAGGCCGUUUGGCACCGGAGCUGCCUGUUCCUUGCCAGCCAUGUUUGAGUCUUUUUCCAUCUAGUUCCUGGAGAACAUUCCCUUUGCCACUCCGCUGGAUUUUUAAUGUACUUUCAAGGAUGACUUGACAGCAAACCCAUGUUUACCAGGGCUUUUUUUUCCUCCCUUCUUACUUUCAAAGGUACGUGCAAGUUCCAGUGAGUGUCUUUCUAUUAAGUUAUUGCCUUUUGUUUCCCUUCAUUUGGUUUUGUUUUGUUCUGUUGUGGGUUUUUCAGUACAAUUGCUUUCUUAUCUUUAAGUGCCUUUUUGAGCACCAGAACAAACCCUUGGAGUUAAUGUCCUAGGAGCUGUACACAUCAUGAUUUCCUUUGUACGGUUGUGUUGUGCUGGGGGUGAUUGCUUUUGAAGUCCUUUGUCAUUUGUUUUUAAAGAAAGGAAAGCCAAGAGUUUUACUGGAGAACAGACUCCCCCCUUUCUCUCACGGAGUUCAGGCCGUAGGAUUAACUACUGUACAUGUAAGGGAAGAAAUGUAUUUUUCUGUAAGCUAACUUGGCACUAAAAUGAAACACGUACGUCGUGGGAGUGUGAUAACUGGAACCUGCUCCUGUUCCACGAGUGACUUUACCCUGAGCCUCAAUACCUCUGUAAAGGCGUAAAGACUGUCGGCUUCAGAGCGUUCACAGAGCGUUCACUGUGAAACUCGGGGCCCCAGCGUGGCGAGAGUGGAGUGGCACAGCCCUGCCCAGGGUGUGGGAUCAGCAUGGCUCCUGGCCAAGGUGUGGGAUCAGCAUGGCUCCUGGCCAAGGUGUGGGAUGAGCACGGCCCUGCCCAGGGUGUGGGAUGAGCACGGCCCUGCCUGGGCUGCGACAGCCAAGCCGGGGGCCUGGGCAUGCAGCGGUUGUUUCUCUGCUGUGCAGAGCGAGUGUCGGUCCCUGGCCCGGCUCCUGCAGACCCCACUGGCUCUCGCCCAGCCCGUCCCACGGUGCCACAGCCGCCUCUCUGAGGGCACCUUGGCACUCUCCCACCCUCCCCAGGGCUGGGCUGGAAAGCCAGGGCACCGUGGCGGCCUCGGUGGGUACAGACACCCAGGCGCUGGGUCCCGGGGGGUGAUGACUGCGCUUUCCUCCGUGGGCUGAAGUACCCCGGCAGGUUGUUUGUGUAGGGCCUGGGCUGUGUUAUUUCACUGGCAGUGUUGCGCUCACGGUGCGGCAGUGGCGCCCCGAGUCUGGUGUGCUUCAAGUGGCUGCGUCGGGCGGUGGGGACGGGCGGGGGACAGCGGGGAGCCGAGCGACGCCGGCUGCCUGCCCGGGGACCCCGGCCCCUCCUCUGGUGUUGUCUCUGUAACGUGUGGUGAGAUGCCGUUCAGCUAGAGUGUCGGAGUGGGUCCUCUGUCAUGUAUGCUGGUGAUGCCAUGUAGAUGAAGCCACUGGAUGGGGGUGGACUCAUCCCGUUGAAUAAAAACGCUUAACUUUUCUCAAAA